AUGCGAGACCUCUCUUCUCGUCUGGUAAUGCGAGACCUCCUUCCAUCUGGACAGGAUUCGUACGGAAUCCUAGCAGGACUCACCGUGUCGCUGGCGCUCGUCCCGGAGGCGGUAGCAUUCGCUUUCGUAGCCGGAGUUGAUCCUCUAGUCGGCAUGUAUGCUGCGUUCAUCGUCGGGCUCAUCACAUCCUCACCGGCGGACGGCCAGGGAUGA